ACAUAGGUAAUACAUUUUACGAUGUCAAUUCACCAUGAUCGGAUUUAAUCAUAUAGACAAACUUAUUAUAACAAUGAUAGUACCUAUAUAUAUAUACACAGCCAUAUGCCCAUACAGGUAUCUAUAUAACUGUAUAAGUGUAAUAUAAAACAGCGUAGGCAUUAAAUUGUGUUUGCCUUAGAGAUUACAUAGUGUCGAGUUCAUACACUAUACAUUACAUAUAUCUAUAAAAACAAUUCAUACUAAUGUACCUACUAGUAUAUAGGUAGUAAUGUUGCACUAUUAUCGUGUCACUUGUAUACUUAUAAUAAAUUGUUAUGUUUCCUGUUUAUGUUUCACGCAUAUUUUAUUGUAGUCGGUUGACAAUAAAAUAAAUCACCGUAAUAUACGAGUCAGUAAUAUGUCUGACAGCAUACAUUAUAGCUUAUAUAUGAAUCGUAUAUACCUAAUAUCACUUUUUUUUUUAUAGAAACAAAAAUAAUAACGAUGCCGAAAUAUAUAUAAAUAUAUAAUAACUAACUCUGUAAUUAUUAACCAAUAAAAUAUCAAUGCGUGACUUUCGUAUCAGUCAAGUAAAAUACAUCAUGUCGCCAUUUUUUUCUUCGUACUAUACAGAGAUAAAUGAGGUUUUUCGCACGUUUCCCAAGUUCCCAAGUUCCUUCUAUUUCGGUCUAUUACAUUAUCCGUAUCCAUCGACUCGUUGAUAUAUUUUCUGAGACAUCUUUCUCACCCUAUCAAACUACAGCUGCAGGCAGGGUAGACGCGAGGCCGUUGAUCGCUUUUUUUGUUGAGUUGCUGGUUAGCACCAUUUCGUAUAAGACUUCCAUAAAGUUCCUACCUAUACUGCCUAUAUGCCUACGUAUUGUUAAAGUAUUUACUUCAGUUCCAUAAAACGUUAGAUGUUUCACUCAUCCAAAGCGCUAACCGCCCUGUGGCGGUUGACCGGGUUGGGGACGUUCUCGUUGACCGGCUGUCCGCCGCCACCGUCGUCCCGUCUGUCGGUCAUAUACGCAGUGACCGUUUAUUCGGCUUACGCGUACCUCUGUUCGGUACUCACGUCCGAACGGCUGAGCGCGUACAGGCGGCACGAGAGCGGCACGUUUCAGAUCCAUGUGAUCCGGGACACAAACAUGGCUCUGCUGUUUGUCGCGUCCACGGCGGUUUACUGGUGCGCGGCCGCGUACCGCCGGCAACACGUCCGCGUGUACGCCGAACACGCGGCCGUGGUGCAACAGCUGUUCGGCUCAACGGCUCCGGCCGGCCGCGCAAUGGACGCGUACUGUUGGGUGCUGUACGCGUUGCUGGCCACCGCCCUGUCGCUGGACGUGCGCCGGUACUCGGGCCCCAGGCCCUGGACGUUCGGGGCCGUCUACUUUUGGGGCCAUUACGCGCUGCUCACCGGGAACAUGCAGUUCGCCAUCACCGUUUUCGGGCUGCGGCAGUGUUACCGCGAGCUCAAUUGUCGGAUGCGGGCCGGAAGCGCUGGCCGCCGGCAUGAUUUCGGCUUGUACGAGUAUGGAACUUCCGACGCCGACACCACCAAAAUGCCGUCUUCGGACGUCCAGCCACAGAACAUGAUGUUCAUCAGCGUAUUGGAAAAAGUAAACAUGCUUGCAAUGCUGAAAUAUUGGUCAGAUGUGCAUUGGUCAAUCACACAAAUUGUAUCCAGGGUCAACAACUUAUUUAAAUUUCGAUUAUUUGUGUUCUUCGUUUGUGGAUUACUACAUUUGAUGUUAACACCAUAUAUGUUGUCGUUGACUAUACUCAACGAGGAUAUUGAUAUAUUGAGUUACAUAUUAGAAUGCACUUUAUGGUUCAUUAUUCAUAUUCUUCGAGUGGUUUUGAUGAUCUAUCCAUGUGCUCUACUAGGAGAAGAGGCUGCUAAAACACAAAUAUUGCUUGGAAGCUAUCUCAAUACUAAAAUCGAUUUAUUUGAUAUAAAAAGGAUAGAAACUUAUGCACAACAGUUAGCCGCCAACACACCAGAAUUUAGUAUUUACAGUAUGUUUAUUAUAGAUAAACAAUUAGUUAUUACAUUAACAGGAGCAGUUACAACAUACUUGGUGAUAAUUCUACAACUACAAGGUCAAUCAUAGGGAUCUUUAGAAUUUAAAUUAACACAUAUACCUACCUAUUUUUGUAUUUAUGACGUACCAGCUACCAUGUAUACCUAUUCUGCAUAUUGUAUUAUUGUGAACACUCAUUUUAUUAUUAUUAAAUUAAAAAAUUAGUUAUCUUAAUAAAGUACUUACCUACCUCUUUAUGUGAUA